AUGCCUUACACUAAGAUCAACGUUGACGCUGAAGAAAAGUUCUUCCAAGACCAAGUUAAAGAAAUUAACGAAUGGUGGUCUCAACCAAGAUGGAGAAAGACUAAGCGUAUUUAUACCGCUGAAGAAAUUGCUAAAAAGAGAGGUACUCUUAAGAUUGAUUAUCCCUCAAAUAACCAAGCUAAAAAGUUGUACAAGUUGUUAGAAGAGCAUGAUGCUGCUAAGACCACUUCUUUCACUUUUGGUGCUUUGGAUCCAAUCCAUGUUGCUCAAAUGGCCAAGUACUUGGACUCUGUCUACGUUUCCGGAUGGCAAUGUUCUUCUACUGCUUCUACUUCCAAUGAACCCUCCCCAGAUUUAGCUGAUUACCCUAUGGAUACUGUACCAAACAAGGUUGAACACUUGUGGUUUGCCCAAUUGUUCCAUGACAGAAAACAAAGAGCUGACAGAUUGGAAAUGACCAAGGAACAAAGAGCAAACACUCCAUACAUUGACUUUUUAAGACCAAUCAUUGCUGAUGCUGAUACCGGUCAUGGUGGUUUGACUGCUAUCAUUAAGUUGACCAAGUUGUUUGUUGAAAGAGGUGCUGCUGGUAUUCACAUUGAAGAUCAAGCUCCUGGUACCAAGAAGUGCGGGCACAUGGCUGGGAAAGUCUUGGUUCCAGUUCAAGAACAUAUCAACAGAUUAGUUGCUAUUAGAGCUUCUGCUGAUAUUUUGGGAUCUGAUUUACUUGCUGUUGCCAGAACUGACUCUGAAGCUGCUACUUUGCUUACAUCAACCAUUGACCACAGAGAUCAUUACUUUGUUAUUGGUGCCACAAACCCAGAAGUUCCAGAAUUGGCUACUUUGAUGACUGAAGCUGAAUCCAAGGGUAUCUAUGGGGAUAAAUUGGCUGCCAUUGAAGCUGAGUGGACUGCUAAGGCUGGUUUGAAGUUGUUUCACGAAGCAGUUAUCGAUGAAAUCAAUGCCAGUAACUUGUCUGAUAAGGCUGGUUUGAUUAAGAAGUUCACUGAAAAAGUUAACCCCUUAUCUGAAACUUCCAACAAGGAAGCCAGAAAGUUGGCCCGUGAUAUCUUGGGUAAGGAUGUUUACUUCAACUGGGAAGUUUCUCGUGCUAGAGAAGGUUACUACAGAUACAGAGGUGGUACUCAAUGUGCUGUUAUGAGAGGUAGAGCUUAUGCCCCAUAUGCUGACUUGAUUUGGAUGGAAUCUGCUUUACCAGAAUACGACCAAGCCAAGGAAUUUGCUGAUGGUGUCAAGUCUAAGUGGCCUGAACAAUGGUUGGCUUACAACUUGUCACCAUCUUUCAACUGGAACAAGGCUAUGCCACCAAAUGAACAAGAAACUUAUAUCAAGAGAUUGGGUAAGUUGGGUUACGUUUGGCAAUUUAUCACAUUGGCUGGUUUGCACACCACAGCCUUGGCUGUUGAUUCCUUUGCCAGAAACUAUGCUGAAAUCGGUAUGCGUGCUUAUGGCCAACAAGUUCAACAACCUGAAAUCGAACAAGGUGUUGAAGUUGUCAAGCAUCAAAAAUGGUCUGGUGCAGAAUACAUUGAUGGUUUGUUGAGAUUAUGUACUGGUGGUGUUACUUCAACUGCUGCUAUGGGUGCUGGUGUCACUGAAGAUCAAUUCAAGGAAGACAAGUCUAAAUUGUAA